AUGCAAGCAGCAAAUCGCCUGCAAAAAUCCCUCAAAGCCGGCCGCCCUUCGCUUGGGGGCUGGCAGAUGCUCCCUGGCACCAACCUCACACGAGUAAUGUGCCGGUCGUCCUCGAAUCUCGGAUGGCUCCUCGUCGACCUCGAACACGGAAAUAUCUCCGAUGACACGAUGCACGAGAUUGUGGCCGCCGCUGCUGCAUGUGGCGUGUCGCCGAUUGUGCGCGUGGUCGAGGGCCGACCCUGGGCGAUCAAACGCGCCCUUGACUCGGGCGCCCACGGAAUUUUGGUCCCUAUGCUAGAAACAGCUGAAGAUGCCCGCAGGAUUGUGCAGUUCUCGAAGUUCCCUCCGGCGGGCAAUCGGGGCUUUGAAAGUCUCCUUGCGGUGGAGAAGUUCGUCGAACAGCACCCGCACGGCGGCCCCGUCCGCGAACCGACCGGCCUCGAAUACCUGCAGCAAGCCAACGACGCGCUGGUCAUUGCGGUUCAGAUCGAGACAAAAGCUGCGUUGGAGAAUGUGAAGGCCAUUGCGGCUGUGCCGGGGGUCGAUGUCUUGUUCAUCGGGCCUUUUGAUCUCGGGGUCAACAUUGGUCACCCUAUGCGCGGACAGGGAGAGAUGGAUCCGGAGCUUUUGGAAGCUAUCCAGACCAUUCAUGAAGCCGCGCGGGCUGCUGGAAAGGUUACUGGGAUCUACUGCGACUCUGGGGAGGAGGCGAGGAGAUAUGCCGAUCAAGGGUUUCUCAUGCCGAGUGCGAUGACGGAUAUGGUGGGGCUGCGCAAGGUGUUUAGACAGGCGUUUGAGGGUGGGCAAUGA